AUGGACAUGCUGAAACAUUUGCAUAUCAACAUCCCUUUCAUUGAAGUGAUUGAACAGAUGCCAAAGUAUGCGAAGUUUCUGAAGGACAUGGUGACGAAGAAAAGAAGUACUGGUAAGUUUGCAAUGGUGGCAUUGACACAAAGUUCUAAAUCCAUAACUCCACUGAAAAUGCGCAACCCUGUAAGUUUCACAAUACCCUUCUCAAUUGGAGGGUUAUACAUUGGUCAAGCGCUUCGCGACCUCGGGGCCAGCAUCAACUUGAUGCCCCUCUCAAUUUUUAAGCAGCUGAAUGUGAGGCAGCUGGCACCCAUGACGGUGACUCUCCAGCUAGCUGACAAAUCCCUUAUCCUGGUCACGAUUGACAAAUUUGUAUUACCGGCAGACUUCAUCAUCCUGGAUUAUGAAGCAGAUAAGGAUGUACCCAUCAUCCUGGGAUGA